GAAUUCACACCACAUCAAACUUUUCAUUUUGCAUCAAAGUAAACCACAUGCUUGCUUUUGAGUUCACCCACAACUGAUAGUAAAGUAAAUUCGACCCGUUUCAUCAACUAUUUUAACCCGAAAGCGCGACCCGGUUACCCGCCUAGCCAGCCACCACCAUCACCCACCCAACGCACCCUUUAGAUUUUCACGAUCUCUUUCUGUUUCCCCCGUUCUCCGUAAUCACGGUCCGGAGAGCAUCUCACCACCGCUACUCCACCGCCAACACUUCCCCUCCUUCGCGCUGUGUGUGUGUGUGUAAUCAGCGACUCACCAUCUCACGAUUCUCACCGGAGGAUUCGAAUUCGCACUCCGGAUAAGAUUCAUUACUCUCCAGAGAGGCACAUCAACCAAUGAUCGUCAUUGAAUUCACCGGAAGAACCGAGGAAGUUUUUUUUGGCCAAGCUACAUAUAUAGAGCAGCAGAGGGAGGUAAGACAGUGAUGGAAUUGUUGAGACAAAAAUAAUUUCUUACACCAGUGGGGAUACUGAAUGUUAUGUAGGAAAGUUAUAUGAAAUGCAGUAAGCCAAAAGUGAACAUAAUUUUGAGGCGAAGUGUAUAGUGGAUUCCUGGUGAGUGUUUGUUUUCCCUCCUAAGCAAUGGAUUCCAAUGUCAUCACUGGGAAUAUAAACUUAGAGCCUCAAGAUGAUAUGGAAUUUGAAUCAAAUGAGGCAGCAUAUGCAUACUAUAAAGAAUAUGCCAAGUCUGUUGGUUUUGGUACUGCCAAAUUGAGCAGUCGUCGUUCAAGGGCAUCAAAGGAAUUUAUUGAUGCAAAAUUUUCAUGCAUUAGAUACGGAAACAAGCAACAGUCUGAUGAUGCUAUUAAUCCACGACCUUCACCAAAGAUAGGUUGUAAAGCAAGCAUGCAUGUAAAGAGAAGGCCAAAUGGAAAAUGGUAUAUUCAUAGUUUUGUAAAAGAGCAUAAUCACGAUCUUCUACCAGCUCAAGCACAUUUGUUCCGGAGCCAUAGGAAUGUUGAUCUACUUAACAAUGAUUCUAAAAUACGAAGAAAGAAGAUCUUGGCUGCGGUGUCCAAACAGUACAGUGCAUAUCAAUAUACUGGUUCUUUGGAGAACUACAUCCGAAAUCAGCAUGAUAAAGGGCGCAAUUUGACUUUAGAAGAGGGAGAUGCUCAAGUGUUGCUUGAACUUUUUGUUCAUAUGCAGGAAGAGAACCCUAAAUUCUUCUAUGCUGUAGACUUAAAUGAAGAACAUCGAUUGAGGAAUGUGUUUUGGGUUGAUGCCAAAGGCAUGGAUGAUUAUACUAACUUUGGCGAUGUUGUUUCUUUUGAUACUACCUAUGUCACGAACAAGUAUAAGAUACCAUUAGUUCUAUUUGUUGGGGUGAACCAUCACAUUCAGCCCACGUUGCUUGGUUGUGCAUUGAUUGCAGAUGAGACGGUAUACACAUAUGUUUGGCUAUUACAAACAUGGUGUUUAUCAAUGGGGGGGCGAGCUCCACGAGUGAUACUAACUGACCAAAAUAAUGCCUUAAAAGCAGCAGUUGCAGCAGUCCUUCCAGACUCACGGCAUUGUUUCUCCCUGUGGCAUGUAGUGGAAAAGAUCCCUCAACAACUCAAUUAUUUGUGUCCUUGGCAUGAUACCUUUAUGGAAAAAUUUAAUAAAUGCAUACUUAGGUCAUGGACCGAAGAACAAUUUGAAAAGAGAUGGUGGAAAUUGCUUGACGGAUUCAAUCUUAGAGAGGGUGAAUGGAUGCAAUCCUUGUAUGAAGAUCGUAAACUAUGGGUGCCCACUUUCAUGAGAGAUAUAUCUUUUGCUGGACUGUCUACAGCCUCACGAUCUGAAAGUUUGAGCUCUUUUUUUGACAAGUAUGUCCAUGGAGAAACUAAUUUGAGAGGCUUUAUUGAACGAUACAAAGUGAUCCUCGAAGAUAGGUAUGAAGAAGAAGCCAAGGCAGAUUUUGAUGCAUGGCAUGAAACUCCGGAAUUGAAGUCUCCUUCACCUUUUGAAAAACAAAUGUCACUAGUAUAUACUCAUGAAAUUUUCAAGAAGUUUCAAGUCGAGGUUUUGGGAGCAGCUGCAUGUCAUCUCAACAAAGAAAAAGAAGAUGAGGCUACAAUUACAUAUGCUGUUACAGACUUGGAAGAUAAUCAAGAUUUCAUAGUGGAAUGGAAUGAAUCAAAAUCAAAUAUUUGUUGUUCAUGCCGUUUGUUUGAAUAUAAUGGUUAUCUCUGUCGACAUGCUAUUGUGGUUCUCCAAAUGUCUGGUGUUUUCAGCAUCCCAUUUAAAUAUAUACUGCAAAGAUGGACAAAUGCUGCUACAAGCAGGCAUGCAAUUAGCGAGAGAUUGGAUGACAUACAAUGUAAGGUUCGUCAUUACAAUGAUCUAUGUCGACGAGCUAUAAUUUUGGGUGAAGAAGGGUCACUUUCUCAAGAGAGUUACAAUAUUGCACUAGGGGCCAUAAAAGAAGCACUGAAGCAAUGUGCAAGUGUUAAUAACUCUACUGAGAAUGAUUUGAGACUGAGCACCUCAGUGCCACUUGCAAUUCAUGGCAGUGAGGAGGAUAAUCAAGGUAGCGCUACAUGUAAAGAGCAGACACCUAAUCUGAAAAUGACGAAAUCAAACAAGGCUUCUAAGAGAGUGGAGGCUGGGAAAGAGAAGGCAAAUGAUGAAAAUAAACGAAAGAAGGUAUCUUUCGAACUGGACAAUGUUGAUAAUGUUGGGACACAAGGAGGCUUUCACCAAAUGGAACUCUCUUCGUUGAGGCCAACACAAUUACAUGAUCUUGUGCCAGCACAUUUGCAUAAUGUAGUGCCAACCAUGUUUCAUAAUGUGGCAUCAACACAGUUUCAUAAUGUAGCUUCUACACAUGUUCAUGACUCUAGGCUUCCGCAUUAGCUUGAACUUUAUUUUGUGGACGCUGGCUGGUUAUAGCAGAAUGGAUCAGUUCCUUUCUUUUUGUUGUUAUUUUUUUUCUUUUGCCUUUGUAAAUUAGAAACAAUAGUUAACAAAGGAAAUGGUAACUUCUGCUUUUAUGCUUCAUA